AUGAAUGAUGUGGCAAUUGAAUCGGAUGCUCAAAAACUUAAUAAAGCCAUUAGAAAUGGUGAUAAUACGAUGUUAAUCAAAGAUGAAGAGAUUGUAAGGAUUCUAACAACAAGAAGCAAGCUUCAUCUCGAGGCGGUCUUCAAAUGUUACUAUGAUGAUUUCGGCAAGGACAUUGAAGAGGAUCUCAGUGAGGAAUCAGGUUUGAAGGACACAAUUUAUUGCUUGUGUGCUCCUCCAGCGUGUUUCAGUAAGAUUUUAGAUUCAGCAAUGAAAGCUAAUGUAAGCAAGAAUGAAAAGGAAGCCCUAACUCAAGUUAUUGUAACCCAAACUGAUGUUGAUAUGAAGGACAUUACUGAGGAAUAUAAUAAGCAAUAUGGAACUCCUCUAGCCAAGAAGAUUGAAGAUGUAGCUCUUGGAAAUUACAAAGAUUUCUUAGUCACGUUGGUCCAAAGAGCUCUGGCUAAAGGAAGUGAAUAA